GCCGAACACGCCCGGAAGCUGCGCGCCACUGGGCGCUGAUUGCCACGCGAUUGGUCUGGUUCGUCCACCCUGACGGCAAAUUGCCCGCCCGCCCCUUUCUUUAAACCUCCCGCAGCGAGGCAGCGUGCAGCGAAGAAAGAGAGGGGCUCUCAUGCGAUCCGCCAGCGCCCGUGGAGCGUGGACCGGAGCGAAGAGAGUACGAGCAGAGGAGACCGAGGAAAUCUCGGGACGUGCCCGCUGCCGACCGAUCGGGGGCUCGAACCCGGCGCGUCCGAGAUCCACGAGCGGAAUCUAUCCAGGCUCACACUCACUGCCUCAGGUGUGUCACGGGCGGCACCCGGGGGCGCGUCCCCGGCCGCCGUCCAUCCACUCGACAAAAAGCAACCGAGACGAGGGCGGUCCUUUCUCCGGGCUCUGGUAGGGGAGGGGAAGGGGAGGAGCAGAGCCGGGAGCCAUGGCGGAGCCGGGCGACGGGAGUAGGCGGCGGCGGGAGGCGGAGGCGCCGGUGGUGGCGCUGGAGUGCGUGGCGGGGAGCUCCAAGGCGGAGGAGUGGGGAGGCGGCGCGGGCGUCGUGCAGGAGGGGGACGUGGUGGAGGCCGUCCGCGUCGGCCGCGGCUCCGGCGGCGGGGGCGCCGCGGCCGCGCUGGAGCUCGAGGCGCCAUUCAAGGGCGGGCGCGCCGGGCUGCACAAGGCGCUGCACGCGGCGUUCAAGCGCGGGGACACCUCCGUGGAGGUGCGCGUGCGGGGCGGCAGGCAGCUGCAGGCCUGCAUCGUGCCGCACCACGCCAGUCCCGGCGCCGGCGGCGGAGGGGUCAGGAAGCAGUACGUCCUGCGGUCGCUGCACGACCCCAACUACUUGCUCGGAUUCGUCGACCGCCUCGAGAGCGAGUGCCUCGUCUUACAAGGAACGAGGAGCACAAGAGUCGCGUCAGCCUUGAGCAAGGCGCAGCUCCAGGAUGGCUAUGUCGCGUACCCAUGGGACAAGAAGAUGCGCGACACGCUGCACACGCCCAACUCCAGCUGCUACCUCUCGAUGCUUGUCCUGCCCAAGGCUCUGGACAGCAAUGCCUGUCACUACGAGUCCUUCGACGACACCGUGGCGCGUGCCAAUGCAUGGUUCUACUCUUCGCAGGCCGCCGGGAUACCCAUCGACUUCAUGAAUGUGCAGAGCGAAGCUCUUCUCACCAAGAUAUCUGGAGAGACAGCGUCCGCGUCUGUGAAUUCGAGCUCAUUAUCUGAUCUGUCGAACGUCACUAAUGCGACGCUCUACGGUUUUGAAGAUUACCAUGGAGUGGAUAUUGGUGUGGUAAAGGCAGCACGGCUUUGGUACAGCUGCGUAGGAGGAGAAUUGCUGCUGGAAAUCCCACUUGAAGAAGGUGACACAAGGCUUGGCUUUGCUAUCAGCCGAACUGAAGAGGUCUUUGUUUUUACUAGCACUCGACGGAAUACUCACAGGCUUUAUCUACAUAUCAUCUGUAGUGGAAGAUGACAAGGAAAGCGAGGCACCAUCUACGCGGUCUGGGCUCUGUGAUCUGUUCAACCGGGCCAAGGAGGCGUCGAAACUGCUGAUCAUCUCGAGGGUGUCCAAUGAGAAGGUCCUACCUUGGAUGAUCUCCAGUUCAGGGGCAGUCCGCUGCUUCGACACCAUCUCCCUCAGCCAGAAACUCUCCUUGCACCGCCUCGCAGUGCGCCCCAUCCAGCUGCAUCUACUUGCCUGGGAGAAGCCUUCUGCUCCCAACCCAGCAGAGAGGGCCGUGCGUUCCCCAAAGCUCACCAUGCCUUCAACGCUGCUCCCUCACCUACAGCAAAACCUUGUGGAGACCAUAGAAGGCGGAGUAGAUGCUGAAGAGGAGUACGUGGGGAAUUUGUCGUUUCGGAUCGAUGAUAUCUCAUUUGAGAGCAGCUGGGUGUGAUUCCAGGUUUCAAUUUUGUCAUACAGGCGGCUGAUGUGCAUACAUAUGUUUUCAUCUUGUCUAGUUCUCUAGGGCGGUAAUGCUCAGUUCUGUGCUUCAGAAAAUGCAGAUGCUGGCUUCAAAAUGUUCAGAAUAUUUCUUGUUUUCUAGCCGAAUCAGGGAUGGAUAACAUCUGAAAAGUAUCUUGUAAUGGAACAUUUUUGUUGAUCAUAACAUAACAAAGGAGUGAUCCAAACAUGUUGGUCAAAGAAA